GCUGCGCUGCUUUCAUGCUUUUUAUUUUAACAAUCUUCUAAAAUAACUUAUAAUUAUGAACAUUUUGGGUUAUAAACAUUAGCAUUUAAUACUGAAAUGGUCAAACAAUUUGGUUUUUAUUUAAAUAUUUAUUUUUUUUGUAAGCUUACUCAAAAAGCUUUUGCAUGCAACACUGUUUUGCGUCUUCUCUAUUUCUUCUUUAGCAUACUUUAAUUUGACAACGAAUUGUUUGUCGAUCAGCUGUUCUUCACUAAAGUGUGAGCAUUUUAAAUAACUUAUAAUAUUCGCUUAAAUUUUUGAGUUAAACACAAAUUUAUUUAUAAUGAGUGAUCAUAAUUCAACCGAUAAUAUGCCUAAAACGGAGCAAUCAUCACCACCACAGCUUAAUACAUCCGACAGCAAUAGUGUUAACCGCUCUAAUACUGUUACUACAAAUGCGCCGGCAACAAGUGAAAAGGAGCUAACACCAGGACGUUGCAAUCUACAAAAUUGGCUUGGCCACCCGUUCAGGGUUGUCAUCACUGAUGGACGAGUGCUUGUUGGUUACUUCAAUUGCACCGAUAAGGAUGCCAAUGUGGUGCUGUCAAUGUGUGCCGAAUAUCUAGAGGAAGGAAAAGAUGCGCGCAUACUUGGUAAUGUUAUGAUACCGGGCAAGCAUAUUGUUUCCAUCGCCGUUGAUAUGCCCAAAGAUAGCACAUUCGCACAUAAACCGAAUACACCAUCAGCACCUGAAGUACUUUAAGGCUAGCUAUUUAAUUGAGAACAUUUAUUUGGUUUAACAUUAGCAAGCGUAAAUUAAAUUUAACUAUGAACUAUGA